CUCCAGUCCGCGAGGUGCCGCUGCGACUGCGAGCUGAUUCGGCGCAUCCACAGACAGACAACCGGGACACGUGCGAGCGCAACGCCAGAAUGUUGUCUCGCUUAAAAGCCAAAGUGGGCUCGGUUCUGCUGCCGGGAGACGAGUUCUGUUUGGACACGACCGGCGCCGACACCAUCUCGCUGGCGGGCCCCUCCAAGGCGAACAAGGUGGUUUGCGGGCCCGGGCUGCGGCGCUCCGGUGACCGCCUGCUGGUGUAUAAAAGCGGGCUCCUGCGACACAAGGAGCCCAACAUGUUCUGGAUGGACGCCCAGCACAAAAGGUACGUUCCCGCCAAAGGAGAGACGGUAAUCGGCAUCGUGACGUCUAAAUCCGGCGACGUGUUCAAGGUGGACAUCGGUGGAAGCGAACAGGCGUCUUUAUCGUAUUUGGCCUUCGAAGGCGCCACCAAGAGGAACCGACCCAAUGUCCAGGUGGGCGACCUGCUGUUUGCGCAACUGAUCGUAGCUAAUAAGGACAUGGAGGCGGAGCUGGUGUGUGUUGACAGCGCGGGCCGGGCCAACGGGAUGGGAGUGUUUGGAGCGGGCGGUCUCCUUUUCAGAGUCUCGCUGGGUCUCGCCAGGCGGUUGUUGGCCCCCCAGAGUGAUCUGCGGGCGGAGCUGGAGCAGCUGUUCCCGUGCGAGAUGGUGGUGGGGAUGAACGGUCGGCUGUGGGUCAAGUCAACCGGCGUCCAGCGGACACUGGUCUUGGCCAACCUGCUGGAGAGUUGCGAGAACCUGACGCCUGUGCAGAGGCGCCAGCUCUUUGGCAAGCUAGCCCAGGGGGCGCUCUAGAGACGGGAAUUCAAAUGGGGGCGCCCAUCACGCGGACCCAAGGAUUCGUGGGGUGCUGGGGAGGAGUGCAGAGUGGCACCUUGCUGUGUGAUGGUUUUGUUUU